AUGGACAAUUCUCUUCAAACUGCUUUGGCCUGGGAACCAGUUUUUAGUGAUCGCUUUCUUCAAAAUUAUGAGCAAUGGUUAGAACAAGAAGUAUAUGGACACCAGACUGAUUGGGAUGGAUUAUUAUUAAAGUCACGUGGUCUUUUGGAUAUCUAUUGUUGA